AUGUCACCAAAGAAGCGAUCCCGAGCAUCUUCAAUAGCGUCGAACGAAGUCGGCGGCAGCGGCGGCGUCGGUGCCUCUUCCAGCCGUGCUGCCGGCACCUUGCCAGCCUCGGGACCGCUCGUACACGCCUCGCAAGAUCUGGACGACUUCCAAGCGUCUUUCUGGCGCUACCAGAUGGAUCUCGUGGAGCAAGGUGGAGAUGCUGAUGGAAACAUCGUCGACUUCAAGUCCGGUCUGCCAACGCAGGGUCAGCUUCCCCUGGCGCGCAUCAAAAAGGUGAUGAAGUCGGACGACCAGGUCAAGAUGAUCUCUGCCGAAGCACCCAUCUUGUUCGCUCGCGCUUGCGAGAUCUUCAUCUCCGACCUGACAUGUCGCGCUUUCCUGAUCGCCGAGGAGCACAAGAGGAGGACGAUCCAGAGGUCCGACAUUGCAGGAGCCAUCGGUCGAUCGGAUCUGUUUGAUUUCUUGAUCGAUAUCGUGCCGAGACACGAGAGCGUUCCUAGCAGUAGGCUGCCUGGUGGAGGUGCUGCAAAGCGUGAAAAGACGGGAGAGGGAAAGGGUGUCGGUCGAUCGAGCGCAGGGAUGGGGGAAAGCAGAAGGCAACAGCAGGACGAUGCUGUCUCUUACGAUGAUCGCCUUGUGCACGGAAUGGCGAAUGCGUAUGACGAUGCAGACGCCUCAUCAUCUGCAGCGGCAUUGGCAGAGGAAGCAGCUGCUGCAUCUUCAUCAGACUCUUUCCAUAUCCCGCAUACUGCAGGCGCAAACGUCGACGUGGGCACUACGCCCAUGACCCAUUGGAUCCACGACACCUCGGCCGACGAACACUCGUCUCAACCCGACCUUCCGCCGCACUCUUCUCAUCACGCUUCGCACCCACACCAUCACAGUAAUGCCUCAAAUGUCGCAACACAUCAUCAUGGCGGUCAUCACCACCAUGCUGCGCAUCACAUCGCCGGUCAUCACUCGCAUCACCACUCGCCAUUUGAUUACUCGUCGAACGCGGGAACACCAAACAGCGUUGGAGCUGGUAGCGCAAGCGGUGGUCCUUGGUCACAUACUUUCUCUGGCUUUUGA